GUUAGCGGUUACAGUCACUUGAAAGACAUUAGCUCAUGUUGUGUUUUGCCUGUUUUUAGGUUCUUGUUGACCUAACAUGUGCUUCGGAGGGGACCAAGAAGUACAAAGAAGCCACUGAGCUGGUCUUGUGAGAGAGAAGUCCGAUAAUUGCUGACUUCGCUGAGCUGCAAAAUGGAGACACAGAAGCUGUUGACCCCAGUGACUGGCUAUGGGUCUCAGGAUGGAGAUACAAGAUCUGGCUUAGGCCCUGCUUCCUUUCAACCAGAAGAAGAGGAACUCCGCAGGCGCCUCAAGUACUUCUUUAUGAGCCCCUGUGAUAAGUUCCGUGCCAAAGGCAGGAAGCCAUUCAAGCUGGUUCUUCAAGUGGUCAAGAUCUUAAUAGUCACCAUCCAGGUACGUCAGGAGUCUUCAGAGCAAAGGUUGAGAGGGUCGGGAUGACCGCUGGUUCCCCAU